CAUGGCGGAUAUAUCUUUCAGCUGUUUUGUUGAUUGUAUGCAGCGGUUUCGCGUAGUCUUCGUAAUAAUGAAAAAUUAUCAUAUUUAAUGGUUUUCAUUAGUUUCUUACGAUGCUGAGAUUAUUUGUCGCGUGCGAAGUGAUCAUUAGCAAAUAUCGAUUGCUGUAAAUAUAUUUAGAAAGACGUCUAUGUGAUGUAACAAUAGGUAGAAGUGUGCAACACGUGUUGUGUGUUCUGUGAAUACUUCUGUAAAAUAUACUCACCGGAAAAAAAUGUCUUACGUUUUAAUAUAACAAUUCCUAGUAACAUUGGCGUCGUUAUUUAUUACGAUAUCCAAUUUUCUUUUGCUCACGUUCGUUCGAGCUAUUAUUCACCAAUAGAAUUUACAAUUAUAUUGAUAGAUUCGAAAAUGGAUUCAAAUGAAGGAUUUUUUGAUUUGUGUGUAAAUGUACCGGAUGGAAGAGCCGAUAAUUUGAAUGAUGUUUUAUUGAAGUUAUAUGAAAUGGGUUAUAGAACAGUGGCAUUAAAUCAAACUAUAAAUGAGGAUGCCAUGAAUAGUGAUAAGAAAAAGAAGGGCGAGACUAAGGUAACAAGUAUAGUGCCAGAUCCAAUUGAUGUUUCAAAACUAAAUGAAAAAUGGGGAGGAAGACUGAGGAUUCUUAAUAGGCUAACCUUUAUUUGUUCAAGUUCUACAAAAGCACACACAUUGGCACAAUGUCCAAAUUUGAAAAAAUAUGAUAUAUAUGCUCUUGUUCCAACCAAGCAAGAUAUAUUGGAGUUUGCUUGUUCACAAUUAAAAGCAGAUCUCAUUACGAUAAGUCCAACAAUUUCUGGCAUAAAAAUAAAUCGAAAAGUAUAUCGGCAGGCAAUAGCAAGAGAUUUGUAUUUUGAAAUACGAUAUGUAGAUCUUUUGAGACAAGAAACACGCGUAGCAACUCUUCAUCAUUCUUAUCAACUACAAAUGUGUCGCAUAAGCAUGAAUGUAAUUAUAUCCAGUGGUGCAAACAGCAAGCAUUUAAUCAGGAGUCCUUAUGAUAUUAUAAACCUUGGAUCUGUGUUAGGCUUGAGACGAGAUAGAGCGAAAGCAGUUAUAUUAAACGAAUGUCAACUUUUUCUUUUAAAAGCAAAAAAGCGAAUAUUGGGCAAGUCGGUGUUUACGAUAGAAUUUGCAGAAAAAUCGGAAGUAGAUGAUGACGAAGAAAUGGAAAUAAAGCGGGGAAAAGAAUAAAUCUCUAAAUUAACUGCAAAAAUAAAUUUUUAUACUGUAUUUAAUAAAGAAAUUUUUAUUAUAACACUUUUUACAUGUAAAUAAAACAUG